GAAUUAAUGUUUUAAUGUAGUUAAUGUUCACGUGUGAACGUGUAUUAGUGUUUAUUUUGUUUAUUACAAGCGCAUGCUGGACGGAGCAGGUGCGAGAGAUUGAAUGCAGCCGCGCAACGCAGACGGUCUGCCACUGCAGGUGAGUGUUGUGGAACAGGGUGAUGGGAGUCCAGGACUCUCUAUUGCCGGGCUUACGGCAUGUCACGAAGCAGUUGGCUCAACUUCUGCUGCUGGUGCUACUGCUCUGGAUUCUGUUUUUCUUCGUUGUCUUCACUUACUUCACUGACUCCCAGGUGAACAUGCCCCAAAAGAUUAUCCCGUUCAACUCUGAGUCUCAACACUCAACCUAUGUUCAGCAUAAUUCCCGGGCCAUCAUGGCGUCCCAUAAUUCCCGCUGGCGUCUGUAUGCAGACAGGAAGGGUCCUUUACAGCAAAGGCAAGUGUUUCAACCUCCUCGCGCUAGAGAAGAGUUUGAUUUCAUGAAUUUUGGAGAACGUCGUCCAAAGGCAAGGAAGUACUUGAAGAAGCCUCCUAGAAAUGAAUACAGUGAUGACUAUUUUUCCAAUGACUGGUCGGUGAUUCGCGGUCUGUGGAACGGUCAGGUGUCCUACAAAAUGCUAAGCCAUCAACUACAGCAAGCCUUGAGGGACCAUGUUCGCUCUAAUAAGCACAAUGUUCUCUACAAAGGCCAACGAAAGGCAAACAAGAGUAGAGAGGAGAUGCUGUGUCAGAUGAAAUGGCAAGCCCAACUCAGGACCCUGGAUGGCUCUGAACAGCCCUUUGCUCACCUAGGCUUUAAACAGCUGUCUUCUUCUAAACUGCAGAAGAUGUACACAACAUGUGCUGUUGUGACUUCAGCAGGGGCAAUACUGAACUCAUCACUGGGACGUGAAAUUGAUUCCCAUGAUGCAGUGGUGCGUUUUAAUGCUGCACCCAGCAAGGGCUAUGAAAAGGACGUGGGCAGCAAGACAACCAUUCGAAUCAUGAACUCUCAGAUUCUAGCAAACCCCAAACACAACUUCAGCACUAGUUCGCUUUAUAAGGACAUCACCUUGGUAGCCUGGGAUCCUGCUCCUUAUAACAUUGACCUGCAUAAGUGGUACCAGCAACCCGAUUAUGACCUGUUUACUCCAUACAUAACUCACAGAAAGAAUUUCCCUGAGCAGCCCUUUUAUAUCCUGCAUCCUUCAUUCAUCUGGAAACUUUGGGAUAUUGUGCAAAGCAACACAAAGGAUAACAUUCAACCCAACCCUCCUUCUUCGGGAUUUAUAGGUAUAGUCAUGAUGAUGAACUUUUGUGAGGAGGUCCAUGUGUACGAGUACAUUCCUUCAAUGAGACAAAGUAAGCUGUGCCAUUACCAUGAGAAGUAUAACGAUGCGGCCUGCACAUUUGGGGCAUACCACCCUCUGCUUUACGAGAAACUGCUUAUCAAGCGAAUGAGCACAGCUUCGGAGGAGGACAUCAAGAAAAAGGGAAAGGUCACACUGCCAGGAUUCAGUAAGAUCAACUGUCUGCUGUGAUUUACAGGCUCAAACUUACAGCAGCGUGAAAAGAUGAAACAGGUCUCCAAGACUGUAUGAACCCUUCAAAGACUAGAGUGAAGGACCCUUAACAGGCUAGAGGUUUUACCCAUAGUUCUUGUAACAAACUGAGACAAGAUAUUAUAAUGAAGAGGGUAAUUAACCACAUUUCAAAAGUCUGAUCAUCUUAAGAUGGUCCUUAUGCUGAAAGACAUUAAGCUACAGCUUUCACUCGCAAUGGAGUCAGAAAUGUCCUAAUGACCUUAAAAUGACCUCAAUUCAGACAGAGAUUACAGAUGCUGUACAUACAAAACAUGAUGUGAUGCAGGCCACAGGAGAGUUUCAAAGUAAACUCUUGAUAUGCUUGGAAGAGCUACUGAAAUGAAGAAACAUUAGAUUAUAAAUAUAAAGAUCCACUUACACCAUUUCCUGAGAGGAAUCAAAUUCUAGUUUGUGUUCUAAGAAUAACACAGAAAAAAAGUAGGAAGAGAGGGUUGAAUAUCAAGUUUUACAUUUCCAAAAUGUUGGAAUUUUUGAGUCACUGUCAUUUAAAGCUGCUCACAUUUUGUAUAUAAAAAGGACAAUUACCUUUUUAAGUUUCAGUAUGAAAUGAGUUAAGAUGGAAAGAGAUUCCUCUUUUCUGUCUAUCUGUGCCGAUGUGGUAAUUUUGAAUAAAUCUUUUGCAGUUUUUAUUGGUUAGAUGACAAUUCAAAGCUGUUAAUAUUCCACAGAGCCAAGAUCAUUAGAUUUUAACUGUAGAGAAAAUGAUCAGUGUAAUUUGUAAAGGUGUUUUAUGACUGAUUUAUUUCAUAAUAUGAAUGUGAAGUGCUACUAACAAACCUCUGAGAUAAGACAAUGCUUAACUUAGAAAAGUUUAACACUGACUUUUGGGCAGAUCAUUUUUAUUAACCUUUUUAUAUUUAUUUGUGCUUUAGUAAAAUGUUUAGUAAAUGUAUUUAAAAAUACUGUAUUAUAUAUUGACACAAAUGGUGUCUCAAGCUGUACCGAUACUUAACUGCUGUUAUUGUUUAAAUAACUCACAUUUUGAAUGGAGUUUAUUAUUUAUUUAUCUUUUCUUACAAUCAAUUUUGUACUUGCCAUUGUUCUUUCUAUUGGCUGGUAAUUUGUUUCAUAAUAGUGGAUGUUGGGUUAAGACAAUUAAAAUAAAAGAAAUGUAUUUCUGGAAGAAAUGUUAACUUUUAAGCACCCAUGAUAGUUCAGUGUAUGAUAAGAAAUCAAAUCCCAUGAUUUAGUGUUCAUUAAAAAGUUUGAAAAGUC